AUGGCCUCGGUCUCCAUAGAAAAAUUCCCUGGUGCUAUUGAAAUAUCUUGUGUCACACCUACAACGCAGUACGUCCCCAUAAGCACUAAGAAAAAGGCCAACGAAGAUCGACUACCGGAAAGUAAUGUGCCUAAUAUGCAGUCCAAUCCAGAAGUUAGUGUACCUACUUAUGAAAAUUUGACCUUGCAACCGCGAACCCAGCAGACAAAUAAGAAUCGUUACGACCGCCCCCCAAAGAAUUCCACUCCUUGUCGAAAGGGAAACCGAUGCGACAUUCAGCAUCUUAAACCAUCUCGCAAUACACAUAAACAUAAUGUCCCCUGUCCUUUUUUGCAGAACAGAGGCUUCUGUCUGAAAGACGAUCGAUGUGAUUUCUCCCACACUUGGGUACCAACCAGAAG